AUGUCGGAUUACAAGGAGUUCAAGCAUCGUCUCGAUGAAGCUAUGCGAUAUAAUCAGGUUUCUUUAUUGAAAAAGCUCAAUUUCUCAUAAUUUGCGGCAAGAAAGAACAAGAAUUUAUCAAAAUGAAUUCAGGGUGGCUACGAGUUUAUCACACGAUUUUUUCAAGAGCCCCGCCAUAUCGAAGAUAUAAAGGGUAACAUGGAAGAUGUCGAAGAAAGGAACUCCUGGUUAGUUUUUUUUUUUUAAAUAUAAUUCUGGAUUUUUUUUUUCUAUAAGUAAAGAUCUUGAGCAUGUAACUUUGAUUAUUUUCUGGUUUUCUUAACACGAUUGUCUCUUCUGAAAGGAGGACAAUCUCCUUCGACGUCGGUAAUAUUUGAAAAUCCCAGCAAAAUAUUUUUUUUUUCAUAAUUUCUGUGAUUUCUAAAAAGUGAAAUUUCGAUUUCAUUCUAUGCUAAGUCUCUUGAAUUUAAAACACGUAUAAAAUAUACAAAUUAUUCCACAUUUUAUUAAUCUACUAAAUUUUUUUAUAACUUUUAAUGAGAUUUUUCGAAAAUAAUGAAAAAUUACAGGAGAAAGUAUGGGAAAGAGCGGAUGAAGACCAUGUCAGUGGCACUGAUCAUGUGCCUUCAUAUCGGCAUAGACCCUCCAGACGCGCCGCCGAAGCCGGAUCCUUGCGCGAAGCUUCUCGCUUGGGUCGAUCCAUUCCAAUGCGGUCCUUACAAGGCCGCCCAUUCAAUCGCUACGGCUCUUCAAAGAAGUUACGAGCGUUGGCAGCCGAGGGCCAGGUGAUUAUUUCGAUGGCAUAGCCAACUUUUUCCAAGAUUUGUUUUUUGAAUUCUAUUAUGAAAACUUUGAACAAUGAUUUAUUUGAAGAUACAAAAUCGCGUGUGAUCCGGCGCUGGAAGACGUCAGGAAGAUCUGCACGACUCUGCGUCGCGUGACCGGCGGAGACCGGGUUCUGUUCCACUACAACGGCCACGGAGUGCCGCGACCCACGAGAAACGGAGAAAUCUGGGUCUUCAACAAGUCCUUCACCCAGGUCAGCCCAAAAAGCGUGAUUUGUUUUUUUAUUUUUAAUUAGAGAAAAAAACUAAUUUUUUUCAAUAGAUUUUUGCACCUUUUUUUAGUAGAUUAAUUUUUUUGAAAGCCCAUGUUGCAUGUUCUUGGUCUAAUUUGGUAUUGACUUUGAAAAUUAACCGUCUUUCGUUGCCUCAGAAUCGAGAUAAUGAGUAAUGAUUUCUUUCGUAUCCAUUAUCAAGGAAAAUUCAUUUUUCAUUAUUCUGCUCUAAAAAUUGGCCAGGAACACAUAGGAAGCUGCCUCGGACAGCGGUCCACUCAUUUCCUGAUUUUUUAAUCAAAUCAGUGAAAGCUUGUUUUUCUGAACGAAAUAAAGCUGAAAAGUACCUUUGAAUAUUAAUUUUUGAAGCAUAUACAGGAGUUUACAUGAAAGGUCACUCGUUGUAAAGCUUAUGAUUUUCUUGGAAGUAAGAAAAUUUUUGACUUUCUGUAUGUUUCUCGGAAGCAUUCUUACUAUAAAUCAAAUAUGCUACAAAGAAUAAAAAUCAAUAUUUUUUUCACGAAAAGACAGAUGAACACAGUUGCUUAAGAAUAAGGAGUUCAGACUAUUUUUGAACGGCAAUAAAAAAAAAUUUUUUUCACUCGGUCUCAAAACUCCAUUUCAGUACAUUCCGCUGUCGUUGUACGAUCUACAGUCGUGGAUCGAGUACCCGGCCGUCUACGUCUGGGAAUGCUCCUCGGCGGAAACCAUCAUCCAGUCGUUCCUUCGAUUCGCAGGAGAUCACGAAAAGUAGUUAUAUCAAGUUUUCUUAAUAGAAUAAAACAUUUUCAGGGCUUGGCAAAAAGACUUCGACACGUUCCAAGAACGGUCGGAUCGCCCCUUGUCGGCCAUUUCUUCUGGAAUGGACCAAGACGAACAGGCCGAGGCGAUGGGAUUCAUGACUCGGUUACCCAAGUACCGGGUGAGGGAGUUUGCUGUUUCUAACAUGAGCUUAAUUCCAAUUUUAUCGGAAAAGAUGGUUUUGUAGUUAUAAAAUGGUAUUGAUGGAGUAAAGGGAAAUCAGGAGAUUGAUUUUUUCUUUAAAAGCUCAGCACUAAUAAAAGAAAACCAGAAUAUUAUUUUACUUUUUCGGGUAUCCUUUAUGAAUGGUCUCGUCGAAUUUUCAAGAUUGCCAUAUCUUCCAAGACUUUCCUCUCUCUCAGAACAUCUUGAUAUAAUGCAGAAAAUUCUCUGAAAGCUUGAAUUUUGAAACUUCUCUAGUUUGAAAGCCUGUUUCAUUGUCGGUAAAACAAAAUUGAUUUUCAUAAGUUGGAAAAUUAUCAGGAAUGCAUCCACCUGGCAGCCUGCCGGAGCGGCGAAAGUCUUCCCAUGGAUCCGAAUAUGCCGGCCGAUCUCUUCACUUCCUGUCUCACGACGCCUGUUCAAACCAGCGUUUUGUGGUCAGCUCCAGUUACAUUUUUGAGGGAUGGGAUGCUAAGUUGUCUUUAGAAGUAGUUUUUUUCAUCUAUCACUGGAAAAUCUUGAUUUUUGAUUUAUAUAUACGAUACAUUUUAGUAAAUUAAAAAAGCGACGAAAAACACGAAAGAAUUUUUGUUCUGCCCUUUUUUGCAUUUCUUUUGGAAGCUUAAAAGUUUUCAACGGAAACCUAUCGACAAAAGCAGUACAAAAUUUGAAACUUUCUGGAAAAUUUGCUGUUUCAAAACCCCCUUCAAUCCAAACGAAAAGUUUCAACAAUUAAAAAACUUGGCAUCAACUAGCUCUGAAGUACGUCUCAUCAGGAUUUCAGCCAAUUUUUAUUUAUGAAGCUGGGAUUUCAAAUCCUUCCUCGUGAAAAUUCACGGCAGCUUGACCAAAAAAUCAAAAUUUUCAAGGUACCUGAUCAAAAGCAAGCGAAAAGACGAGUUCCCACCCAACAUCCUGGAAGAAAUACCAGGAUCUUUGACGGAGAGGAAAACGGUCCUCGGAGAACUCAACUGGAUCUUCACCGCCAUCACUGACACGAUCGCUUUUACUUCGUUGCCUCGCGACGUUUUUCAGCAAUUGUUCCGUCAGGUUUCUGAGAUUAUUCUUUUUUGGAAUACAACUUGUCUUAUUCCAGGAUUUGCUGUUGGCUUCUUUGUUCCGUAGCUUUUUACUUUCGCAAAGAGUUAUGGCGGACUACGACUGCUGUGAGUUUUUCGCGUCUUGCAAACAAAAAUUAAUAUUUUCUCUUAAUUAUCUGUUUCUCUCAGUUAAAAACUUCCGAAUUUUUUUUUUUAAAUUUGGAUCCAUGAUUUUUAUAAUGUUUAUAGUAACUUAUAUUCAACUGAACCGAUCAAUAAGUCAAAAAUUGUCUCAAUGAGAUCUAGAAAAAAGGAGCAGAGGAGCUUACCAUUGCGACAGACUUUUUCAGUUAUUCCUGACGUCAAUCUGAACCAGAAAACUUCUCGCUUUUUCCUCAAAAAUCACAACAACAAAAAACGAAUGUAAAAAUGGACUUUAAGCUCCCGUCUCGAGACCGGCUUUGGCCGACACUUCUCGACACGAACUCUGGCAAUCCUGGGACACGACCCUCGACAUGGUCCUCGACUACGUCAAGGAACUGAUCUUCAUCAAAAACAACAGCGUCGUCGCUUCCGGUCGCGAAAUCCUCCUUCGAAGCCGAAUUUUCCCCUUCAUCAGUCAGUCUCCCAAGGAAUUUGGUCCAUCUUCCAGUGUUCUUCCAGAUCUUGUUGACUUUGACCACUACAUCGAUGUCAACGACAACAACAGCAACUGGUUCUUCGUCGAGCAGUUGCAGGCCUUCGAACUUUGGCUUGACUAUGGCAUUGAUCGCGGGAAAGCCGCCGCUCCAACUUCCUGUCGUUCUCCAAGUUUUGCUCAGUCAGGUAGGAUUAGUGGAUAAGUGGAACAUACAUUUUGCCUUUAAAAAGGCUGUGAUGAAAAUAUAGAAAAAAACAAUCAUACUCUAUGCUUUUUCCGUUCAAUCUCUUUUUUCAUAAAGUUUUGCAGGUUCAUAG